CGAAGCCCCUGUUCCGCCAGCAUUUGAGACACCGACAUUACAGCGCUUUUCCCCAACAGCAAUCUACGAGACAAACAAUCUGAGCUCCACAGAGAAAGACAGCCACCAUGAGAGUCGCCUUAUUCGGUUCCUCCUACGUGAAGCGAGCUUCAAACUUUACAGACUUUGUUAUGCCAUUUGAAGUAGGGUGGUUUGGAGUUGGUGGCAUGACAGCCUCUCAACCCUGUCCAAAUCUCAUCUCCAAGAUGUUGAGGUACAGACCAGACAUCAUUGUCGUGUGUUUAGGGGGAAACGACAUUUCCAGUGGAGCCGAGCCGUCUACAGUCAUUGGCUGUCUGACAAGCCUUUUCCACCAAAUUAAAGUCUUGAGUCCCCGGCAACCUGAGAUUUUCUUCACAGAGAUUGUCUCUAGGGGAAAAUUUCGAAUUUCUAUGCAGCGAGAGGAGUUUGACGCAAGACGGAGGACUGUCAACAAUAAGAUGAAGAAAAUCCUUGGCAGAACCUACAUCAGAAUAGACGUCAAAUUACCCAGACAUUACCUUCCCGAUGAAACACACUUCAACGAGGCGGGAAUGGUCCUCUUCAUGCUUUCAAUAAGCAAAGCAGUCAAGAGUCGCUCCUAUGAGUAGGAAAUAAACGGCCCUUUUAAGGGCCAUUCAAUUAUUCGAAAAGAUACCUCUGAAUACAGACGUAGAAACAUCGCAGUU